AUGAACAGAAUUCGGAUUCACGUUCUGCCGAGUAGAGGGCGUCUGACGCCGGUGUCCAGGACCUAUGAAGCUCUUUCCUGUGCCUACACACACCGCCCAUGCUCCCAGCCGCGUAUCGAUGGCUAUGAGUUCUGCAUCAAACACAUCCUGGAAGACAGGAACGCUCCCUACAAACAGUGCAGCUAUGUCUCUAAUAAGAACGGGAGACGCUGCACUGUGGCCGCUCCUAAACCUGACAAAAAGGAUGGAGUUUCAUUCUGUGCUGAACAUGCAAGAAGAAAUGCACUGGCUCUUCAGGCUCAAAUGAAAAAGUCAAACACAGGGCCAACCAGUGAAUCUUUGUUGUACCAGUUGAGUUCAUAUUCACGUGGUGACCUGGGCACCCAAAACCAGGAAAGCAGCCGAAGCGAGUCAAGCCGGAUACUUGACGAGGACAGCUGCAGUGAUAGCGAUCAUGACACGGUCACUGUGGAUCAGACAUGGAUGGGAGACCUUGACAGUGAAGCUGACAGCCUGGACAGUGAUCAGGAGGACCCACUGAAGCAUGCUGGAGUGUACACAGCAGAGGAAGUCACUCUCAUAAUGCGUGAAAAGCUCAUCCGUUUGCAGUCUCUCUAUAUUGACCAGUUCAAGCGACUACAACACUUACUAAAGGAAAAGAAAAGGAAUUACUUGCACAGUGUUAAAGCUGAACAUGAAAGUUUUGGCAGUAGUCUUCUUACUGGACCAGAAGGUCUGUCUCCAAAAGAACGUGAGAACCUGAAGAAACUAAAAGCAUUACGUAGAUACAGGAAGCGAUAUGGUGUGGAAGCUCUUUUACAUCGGCAGUUGAAAGAACGGCGUAUGUUGGCUACAGAAGGUGUAUCACAGCAGGGUCACACCACCAGAUCCAGUCAACGUUGCCUGGCCUUUGUAGAGGAUGUACGUUGUUCCAACCCAAGCUUACCUAUGACUAGGCACUGCCUUUCACAUAUCUGUCAGGACAGCAAUCAGGUUCUUUUUAAGAUGUGUGCAGGCUCUGAAGAAUUUCCCUGUAACAAGCCACUUCCAGUUAGCCUGUCCGAAGAACCUUGUUGCCCCUUACACUAUCGGUUACCUUCUCCAAUGUACCAGUCUGAGCCAGUGUUGCCGGCUCCAGAGCAGAUGGAUGUGGCUCCCAUGGAGCUUUAUUUGAGUGCAGCUGAAUUGCAGCCUACAGAAAACCUGCCCCUUGAAUUUAGUGAUGACCUUGAUGUAGUAGGUGAUGGAAUGCAAUGUCCUCCAUCUCCUCUGCUGUUUGACCCAUCUGCAGACAUAGCUUUGAAGGAUAUUUCAAGAACCUCACUUGACCUACUGGCUGAUGAUGCAGAACGGAACAGUACAAGUCACUCUUUACUGCCAGCAGAGUCUCUGGUGCGAUCUAUCGGACAGGUAUAUAUUGUGUCCCAUAUAUUAGAGGGCACGGUGUACAUAAAGUGUACAUUACCCACACAAAUGUCACUGUACUGGCUGAAUUAA